GUGUGAACAGGUGAGGGUCCUUUGCUUCCCAAAGGUUGCUUUAUACUGUAAUCAUCCGGGAAAAAUGACCGAUCAAUUUCAUUUAUGAUCGUGAUACCUAUCGUCAGUGUAUUACAGUGGCCAUUUGGCAGCGAAGGAUGCCAUCAUUGCCGUGUUGGCAAGCUUUUAAAGGGUCACCGGCAAUCAAGAUUUCCUAUAGAAUAUCAUCGAAGAAGGGACGAUGGGGUUAGGAAAGGUCGUCGAAAACACUGGACCAUUAUUCAAGCAGGACGUGAUUUAUGGAAACAAGGAAACUAUUGCGAAAGAACGAGACGAUUUCAUCCCACAAAGCUGCACCUGCAAUCGAUUCACCUUGAACGAAAGCAAACUAACCUACUCCCGAUGUACUUUUUCACGUGUAAACAUUUACAACACCUGCUAUUCUUCGAUGGUAACGAGGCGGUUUAAUUCGAGAUGUACGUGCGUUUUUGAUAUCCCGUUCAGAUCGCUCGAGCCUCGAACAAAGCCACGUUUGUGACCAAUCUCGGCCGGUCACGCGUACUAAUUACGCGCAAGUAAGUAGGUGGACAAGAUAGUUGCUGCUGGGUACUAUAACGUAGCCGAGGAGUCGAGAAAAUGCAGUUGCAGAGCCAAGAAAAUCCUCGAAUGACUGGCAACUGUCGUCGAUCCUCUGAGAGAAAGCAACGUCCGUGACGAUCGCGUGUCAACCGCUCGACAACUCGAACGAAUCGGGAAUGCGCACUCGAGACACUCGAAAAUUUCAUCUUUCUACGCUAAAUCCGUCGUCUAACAAGUUUAACUCGUUGCUUGUUUUAACUUCUUUGGCAACUAAUGAUUCUUGGUGCGGUUCGAAAUUUUCGAAAUAAAGAGAACGAAGCUUAGCAUUCAAAACUUUAGUAUUCCUAAACUUUGCUAUUUUAAAGUUUGAUUUUUCCAAGCUUCCUUAUUUUAAGCUUUAAUAUUUUCAAGCUCUAAAAUUCUUAAGGUAUAUUAUUCUAAGCUCUAGUAUUCCUAAGCUAUAUUAUUCUAAGCUCUAAUAUUCCUAAGCUUUAUUAUUCUAAGCUCUACUACUCCAAGCUUUGUUAACCCUUAAACAGCGAAACCUGUAUCUAGAAUUGAAUGUAUCAUUUUUAAAUAAAAGAAUUUCAUAUAUUAAAA